CUUCACUUUACUCAAAGCAUUCGACUCAACGAACUUUCUAAAAUGGCUUCAGUAGUAAAAACUCUGUCCCUUUGCUUGUGCUUCUUUGCAUUUGUUACACUGGAAAUCAAAGCCCAAACCACCGACCGCACUUCGGAGUUUCAAGCUCUCUGCGAUAGAUACAGAACAGUGAUGAACGACUGUGAAGAAAGACUUCCCGGGCUAGUGACUGCUGAUGAGCAGGCUUUGCUGAAUUCCGCCGAUAAUAAUCAGGUGUGUUUGGAAGAGGAAGGUGAAACGGACUUUGCCGAUGCUUGUGAGAUCUUGGAGAGCGUUUGCAUCCGAGUUGUCUCGUGUCCCGCUUCAGCUCGUUUUAGACGUUCUUCCUCCGUCUCUGCCUCUGCUGAAUCAUCUGUUGAGUCUAGUGAAACAGACUAAGAAGUUCAUCGGCAUGGCGUGUCAAAGGUCGUUACUUUAUUGCCUUGGAAGGAGAUCAGAGAACAUUCUUCUGUUACCUGCUAGUUAUCAUCGCCACGUAAUCUCAAUAGUUGAACUUCAGAAUUCCUCAUAAAUUACGAUAUUUCAGAGUAAUUUUAUGUAUUUAUUCAUUAACUAGCCUUAGAAAAUGAAAUAUAAACCUGAAAUAAAUCACAUAUCAUAGUUUUUAACUUUGAAAUGCUUCGAUUCGAACAAUAACCAAUCAAGAUUUGCUGAUACUUGAAUACAUGAAUAAUUUGUAUACUGAAACUAUAAACGUUCAUAUCGUAAUAUGAACUUAAAUAUUUGUUCAUUUAUUUACUCUUUUCUUAAAUAGAUAUUGAAUCAGAGAGAUACUGUCCGUAGCUGCAUCGUGUAUUUGUUAAAGUUUAAUUACUAUCGAUUUGGUGUUUUUAUUUAUUUACCAAAUAUUUAUCUGACAAAAAUAUUGUCAAAAUGAUACUUAUUUUAAUCAUGUAUUUGUACAAAGUCUUCUAUAUUUUGUCUAUCAGGGUUAUAUUUCCAAAUCGACUGAUUUAUAGUGUAAAAUGUAUUUUUAACUUCAAAGAAAUCAUGUUUUCAUAUUCUAUGACUAUGUCCGGUUUCUGCUGAAAUAAACUAUACACUUCAACCAAAGAUCAUUAACUUUCUUCUGUAUCUAUUCGACUGUUUCAAAUGUGGAGAAGUGUUGUUUGUAUACAUCCUACUUCAAAUAGUAGAUUUAACAUGAAAUGAAUCAUAGCGUGUGAAAGCAUACAACAAGAACAUCAAUAUAAGUUUUAGAUGAGAGAGAU